CACGUGUAACGACGGACGAUGGAAAAACGUCCCCUAAUAAAGAACGUUUCUUCGUAAUAUGUCGAAUUUAUAUUUAAAUUAAAUUACUUAAUUGCAACGGACAGUGUUUAGGGACACCGAUGCAUAUGCCCUAACACAAGAGUGUGGAGAAAAAUUGAACGGUUUGGUAAGGUUACCUAAGUUCCCUCCGAGUUGUCGAAUUCAAUUGGUUGAUUAUGGUGGAAAACUGGCGGUUUUGUGGGUCGAUCAAUCAUCGCCUUGUACUAGUGGUGACGACAACUUGGAUAAGAUUUGGUGCGCGGAGAUUGCUCUUGAGAAAAAACAACAAGAAAGUUGUGAAAUUUGGGGAGAAGUUGAGUGGUUUGGUCAUGUGCUUACAGUUCCUGCUGCAACAUGUCUUUUUGAGAAGGUUCUUGCUGCUACUCUUUGAUGAAUGAAUGUGUCACAAAAAGCUUGAAAUAGGUGUCUGUGUUAAUUUUUUUAUUUAUUUAUUUGGUGUAUGCAAAUUAAAAAUACGAUGAAAUGGCUUUAUUUAUGUGACUGACUGCGUUGUUUAACUUCGGAAUAAGAUUUAUUCUUCCGACAAAAACAAAAAAAAAACACACACACACAGAAAAAUCGAUGAGUGACUCAUCAGUCUUUGUCCGAAGCUACAACAUCAAUGUCGUCGUGUUUCUUCUCUUCCUAAAUCUCUUCACUUUCUUCUCCGUUGUCUCCUCCGACGAACAUGUCUUCGUUGUGGGUGAAACUGGUUCGUUACAAGUGACUCCAAGAACAGAGGUGGUGAUAGAUUCUCCUGGUCUGAAGCGAGGUACAACAUCGAGAUGUGAGAGGUUACAUAUCAGUGGAUUAGAAAGACUUAACCACAUUGAUAGAUAUGCUCAUUCACUGAAGUUGACCCUUUUGAGUAAUACAUCGAACAGUGUAAGAACAAGUAUAGACGUUUGCUUCCACAGAAAUUCGUCGCGUGCAAUUGGAAUGUGCUCUCAUGGUCAGUGGGAGAAAGUAUCAAAAGGGUUACCUUGGGUUGGGAUAAUGUCACCUUUUGACUACAAGAUCCUUGAUAUAAGAACCUAUGGUAGCUCAUCUGAAGUCGUUACCUUGGAGUUGGUUGCUAAACAAGAGUUUUUCAUGUACCGUAUCGUGUUUUUAAUGAUGGGGAUAGUGUUGCUGAAUUUGGCUUCUAGACUUAGCAAAUCAGUAGCGUUUUACUACAUUGGUGCCAUGUCCUUUGGAAUUGUCAUUCUUGCAACUCUAAUCAUUUAUCAGGGGAUAAAGCGUCUCCCAACUAGAGGGAAGAGUCGGCUUGAGCUAUUUCUCUACUCGUCUAUGAUUGGUGUGGGAGGUUACUUUCUUCAAUACAUAUGCGGUUUAAUUCAAGAUCUGCCAAUGCAGAUAGGAAUCAGUGAAGAUUUGUACUUUCCUCUGGCGAUACUGUUGGUAGCAUUUGUAUAUCUGUUUGGAGCAUGGUCAGGAUUUUGGACUGUUAAGAAAUUUUUUGUGACAAAAGAUGGUUCUAUUGAUAUUGGUACAUCAAUCUAUGUCUGUUGGACCAUCCGAGCUUUUGCUGUGGUUCUGAUCCUUCAGAGCUCUUUAGAUCCCUUGCUUGCUGGAGGAGCGUUGGUAUCAGGAAUUCUCAUCUCAACAAUAUCAAAGAUUAUCAGCAAAAAGAUGUUAGCACAAAGACCUGAGAGUUGCAGACCUGGCUUAACCCAUGCUACUACGUUUGCUUCUCCUCUUCCUAGAGGUUCCAACAAGAAGUUGAGGACAGUACCACUGUCUGAUUCAGAUAUAUUCCCAUCUUCAUUCCACAAAACACCAGAAGGGAGAAGAAAGCUAACAAAGGAAGAGUUGGAAAAGUUCACUAAAGAGAGCACGGAAAAGGCGAUGAGAGAAUUGGUUUCUUCACCAGGUUUUGGCGAGUGGGCGGUGAAAAAUGCUACUAGAAUCAGCGUAAAUCCGAUAAAGGUAUCGUCCAGUAAAUUGACUGGUACGGUUGAGCGCCGGAGAUGGUUCCUCUGGUUCUGAAAAGCAAGCAUCCAGGGAAACUUUUGAACCAGUCAGGAGAGUGUAGACUGUAGAGACUCUUGUAUUCUAACUCUUUAGGGCACGAUUGUUGUAAUAACCCUAAUUGUUUCUUCUUAGAUUGGUUGUGUACGACGAAGCAACAAACAUUGCUUUUAUAUAUCUUGUGGAAAAAUUCUUAUUGUUCUGUUUUGUU